CGGUUAUUUCAGUUUGGUUUUUUUGGUUAUUUCAGUAACGGUUCAAUUAAUUCGAUUUUAUGCUCACCCUGGUAGGAGCGAGGUAGCUUGGAACGGACAAACAAAUAGUUGUUGGUUGUGUGUUACAAAAUCAUUUUAUAUGUAUUGCCCCAUCCAUCCCAAGUGUUGACUGAAUCAGUCGCAUCUGAAGGCGUUCAUACCAAUCUCUCGUCCCCUCGACUUUGUCAAGAACCAUAACCCUAAAUUAUUAUUAUUAUUAUUAUAUUACAAUCCACAUCGAUCGCAUGAAGAACAGCACACUCUUCUUCUUCUUAGUAUUAUUAGUAUGUCCCAAUCCGAUGUUUCAUACAGUUGUGGUUCAUGUGGAUACCCUUUAAAUCUCGCAUCCUCAAAUCGUAUAACAUCCGAAAUCGGCUCUAAGUAUCGUAAAUCCAUAAAAAAAGGUUCUAUAUCUUUCGAAUCCAUCGAUCUUAGUCGAUUCACUCAAUUAGAUGAGCCAACUUGUUUUCCUGUCUGUCUAAACAAUCAAGGUUCAAAAACAAAGUUGUUAUGUCGCCAAUGCGGUGUUCAAAUAGGAUACGGAUACGGAGACACACAUACGAUGCAUGAUAUCGAAUCAUCCACCAUACCCAACUCACAUUAUAAACAAAUUGUCAUAAAAAUCCGAGCUUUACAACCAUUAGAUACCGCAGACCAACUAUCUACAAAUGACGGUAGGUGAUCAAACCGGUCACUCUGUUAUUAUGCAUCUUCCCGACGAUUGUUUGUUUUUCAUUUUCGAAAAAUUUGAUUCUAGUGUUGACCGAGAAUCCUUUGGUCUUACUUGUCAUCGUCUGCUUCGUAUUCAAAAUUUAAGUCGUAGGUCAUUGGAAUUUGGAUGUUCGUUCUCUCGAUUAAACCAUUCGUUGUCUAAACCUACCAUUGACGUAGAUUCGUACAUUCUUGACAAGUUAAUUAAACGUUUUAGACAACUAGAGUUCUUAUCAUUAUGUGGGUGUGUAAAUCUUCAAGAUUCAGGUUUAAGUCAAUUGCAAAAUUACGGGUCAAAGUUGAAGUCUCUGUAUCUCGAUUGUUGUUUCAAGAUUACAGACGUAGGACUUUCUUUAGUUGCUAUAGGUUGUCCGAAUUUGUCGUUCGUUAGUCUUUAUCGUUGCGCUAUAAGCGAUAACGGGUUAGAACUCUUAGCUAAAUCAUGUCGGUUUCUACAAGACUUGAAUCUCGAGUGGUGUUCCCUCGUAACCGACUCCGGAAUUUUCUCUAUUACGAACAAUUGUCGUGAGCUUCGAGCGAUCAAGAUUUCUCAUUGUGAGAAAGUUAAAGGAGUCGGGUUUGAAGGAUGUUCUCAAACGUUGGCCUGUUUGGAAGCCGAUUUUUGCAAGCUUGAACCCGAGGGCAUAAUGGGAAUUUUAAGUGGAGGCGGGCUCGAGUAUCUGAAUGUUUCUUCUCUUAGUUGGUGCAUACGGGGCGAUGGUUUAAGAGCGAUUGGUGGUGGGUUUGGUAAAAAUCUUAGAACGCUAAAUUUUCGGUUAUGUAGAACUGUGAGUGAUGAAACAAUAAUGGAGAUCUCAAAAGGGUGUCCGUUGCUGAAAGAGUGGAACUUGUCUUUAUGUACUGAGAUCAAGCUCUCGGGUUGGGAGUCGAUUGGGAAAUAUUGUCAUAAUCUAGAAAAGCUGCAUGUAAACGGGUGUCGGGGCCUUUGUGAUAGAGGUUUAAUAGCUUUAAGGAACGGGUGUAAACGUCUCUCGGUUGUUUAUAUCACGAGAUGUCAGCAAGUGAGCAUGUUAGCGAUCACGUUGUUCAAGAUUGCAAGAUGGGAUGUUGAAAUGAAGCUUGAAGAAGUUAUGUGUAUUAUGCCUAAACAUUUCUUUUGAUGAUUUUCAAUGGAAGCUAGCAUAGCAUGAAGUGUAAUUGCUAAAAUUCAACAACUGUUUAUGUGUUUUGACUUUUGACUGAGUUGGUCUUGAUAUAUAUAGUAAAGAACUGAUUAAUUUACGUA